ACAGCGGAUAGCAUCAAUGGCCCCGGUGCCUACGGAGUGAAGAAUGGGCUCCACGGCGUCGCAGCCAUGGCCAGAUCCACCAACAGAAGCGCCGAGGAAGGGGAAUCACGGGUGAUCGCUCCCGCGGACCGCGGAGAGGCGCGGGACCUGGCGGAGCCCCGGGAACUGUCUCUAGAGGAGGUGCUGAAGUCCUACGAGCAGCCCAUCAACGAGGAGCAGGCAUGGGCGGUGUGCUACCAGUGCUGCAGGGGGCUGAGGGUGCCCCGCCCGCCGCCCGGGACGUCCAGCCGGGUGAAGGACCCGUCCUCCAUCCUCCUGCACAGGGAUGGUACUGUGUCAUUGGAGCCGCAGCGCCGACACAGUGAUGACACUGAUGAGCAUCCCCUUCCAACUCCUCCAGAGUGUCAGCUGGUCCAGUCGCUGGGCGUGGCCAUCUACCGAGCACUGGACUGGGGGCUGGACGACACUCAGGAGCGGGAGCUCAGCCCACAGCUGGAGCGCCUCAUUGAACGCAUGGCUGGGGGGGACCACGGCGGAGAUGGAUACAGGACCUCUGGAAACGGCAUAACCGAUGAAGGCUACAGUGGACAGGAAGAGGAGGAGGAGGAGGAAGACCAGGGACAGGGGGGAGCGAUAAGGCCCGUGUGUACAUUCCGACAGGUGAUGGCUCUGUGCGCGUCUCGGCUUGCCAACCCAAGGCUGGCUCCGGAUCACUACCAAGCAGUGUGCAGGGCUCUGUUUGUAGAGACACUGGAGCUGCAGACCUUCCUCAUCAAGAUCAGAGAUGCUAAGGAGUUGCUGAAGAAGAUCACAACAGAGGAAACAGUGGAGGACAAGUCUACAGCCGAGCUGGACGCCCUGAAACACACAGACUGGGCACGUCUGUGGGUGCAGCUGAUGAAGGAGCUCAGGCAGGGAGUGAAGCUGAAGAAGGUGCAGGAGCAGCCGUUCAACCCACUGCCCACCGAGUUCAGCCUCACACCGUUCGAGAUGCUGAUGCAGGACAUCCGAGCACGCAAGUUCCAGCUACGCAAAGUCAUGGUGGACGGUGACAUUCCUACCCGAGUGAAAAGAAACGCCCACGAACUGAUCCUGGAUUUCAUCAGGUCAAGACCUCCACUCAAACCAGUCGGGGAGCGCAGCCUCCCCCCUCCUCCACCACAGGAGCAGUCCCUCCACGAACGGGUCCUGGCUGGGAUCAAGCAGGAGAGGAAACUCAAGCCUGUGCUCCUGCCCAGCUGCAGACCAUUUGGCUCUCUGCCCUGCCUGGCUCAGACUUGUCCUUGUAAUGUCAAAUCUACUUCGUGCAUCGACCUGUCCGUGUCGGAGCCCUGCCCCCGGCAACUGUCCCGCCCUCGCGUCCUGCUCAAGGCCCCAACUCUGGCUGAGAUGGAGGAGAUGAACAUAUCUGAGGAGGAGGAGUCCCCAGACAGUGCGGAGCUGAGGAGGGCAGAGAGCUCCCCCACGCCUCUGAAAAGAGAUCGAUCCUUCUCAGAGCACGACCUGGCCUUGCUCCGCGGGGAGAUGCUUCCUUCACUCUCCGAGUCAGCCCAGCUGGGCGGGGCAGUCAGGCUGAGGGGCGAGAGGCCGCGGUCCAGGACGCUGACGGGCGCCGGGCCACCUCCUUAUCACAGAGCCUCCUUACCGGUUCAUGGCUGGGUGCCACCCUCUCCCGCCCGCCUGUCUCUGAGUUCAGUCGACGAGACCACGGAGGGAUCCGAAACGAUAUCCGGCUCCAGAGCUGGAGACGAGCACCAGUGGAUGGAGGAGUUCAGUCACCCCGUGGAGAGUCUCGCCUUAACGGUGGACGAGGUCAUCAACGUGCGCCGAGUCUUGGUCAAAGCAGAGAUGGAGAAGUUUCUUCAGAGCAAAGAACUCUACAACAACCUGAAGAAAGGCAAGGUUUGCUGCUGCUGCAGAGUGAAAUUCCCUCUCUUCUCUUGGCCAUCUACCUGCUUACUGUGCAAAAGGUCCGUCUGCGGCUCCUGCAGUGCAAAGAUGAAGAUCCCCUCAAAGAAGAUGGCCCAUAUUCCUGUGUACACUGUGGGCUUCCACAGCACUCCAAAGAGUCACGGACACAAAAGCCAAGUGUAUAAGUCCCUGCGCACUCUGUCCCGCCGCUCGGUGGAGGAGGAGUUCCCCCACCUGUACGCACAUGGCUGCACGCUCCGAGACAUCUGCGCCGAAUGCAGCAAAUUCGUCGCUGACGUCAUUUCGUCCAGCCGCCGGAGCCUGGACAUCCUCAACAACACUCCCAAGAGGGAGGCCAAAGCUGCCGCUGCCGCCCCCGCCACCUCCACCAUCGCUCAGAGACCACAGCUGCAACGUCAGUCCAACCUCGAGACUUUCCCUCCACCUCACCCGCAGUCACAGGGUCACCCCCAGCACCCACCACAGUCCUAUCAUCAACAGCGACUCCACACGUCAUCGCCCUCCUUUUCACCACAGCUUCACGCCAAGACGAUCCCCAAUGCGAACCAAUGA